AUGACUUCGCCGGCUCGAUCUUCCAGCCUGGCGCAGGCACAUCCGCUCUUUUCAGGAGAGUCACCGACAAAGUCGCCUGGUCCCUCUUCGCUCGUCAAUCGACCCAUCUGGGGUCAGCGCAAGGCAGCGCAAGUGGACUACAGCGCCGAGUCCCACAACAACCUCUCAAGACGCUCAGUCAGCCGCACAUCAUCCUACAAUGACGGCGCUACUCCCUCUUCAUCGUCAUCCGCCUCAGCAGCCGGCACACAUCGUCCUGCUCCUGUCGAUGACGAUGUGUUCUACUCGCGCGCUUCUGGAUCUGCCGUCGAGGAAGCUCAUCCGUCCACAUCGUACAUCCCGCGCACCAGCCGCGUGAGCAGCUACGACCUCCAGUUCGAUGAUGCUGACGAGGCGUCGCUGCCCGACGACUCGCUCUUUGGCGGACCUGCGCCGUCCUCUCCGCACAUCUUUGAUCUUGAGCCUUCAGCGUCAAGACCACCCAGGUCUUCGCAGCUUCGCGCGUCGCAUGCCUUUUCGACCGCGUCUCCGGACCAAACACCCAUGCCCAAACAUCACCUCGAUCGACCAAGCUCGCGUGCCAGUCGCAGGGACGGUGCCUCAUCGCCAUCCGAGGGACGCAGACUGCGCAGUUCAACACCCAAUGACAGCAAUGCAAACAAUCGAGUUCACGACAUGGCACGCGAGGUCGAGUUCCCGCUAGAAUGGCUUCAACAGCUCCAUCGACUCGGCGACGGCGACCUCGACUCGGCCCUAUCGGGCCCCCUAUCGCAUCGCCCCAUCACCUCACAACAGCCGCACGAAUCGACGCCUGUCAAAUCCUCCUCCUCUUCCGGUCGAAAAGAGACGAGGCCGCCGUCGUACGCCAUUCAGCUCACGAAAGCGCUCUCACGAGCAUUGGCGGAAGCACACAACGACCUCGACAAGCUGCGCACAGCCAUCGAUCUGGAACGCGAUCAGCACGCAAGCACCAUCGAACACCAACAGCAGCGGAGCGAAUCACGCGAAGCAGCCCUCACCUCGCUCUGUCUUGAGAAUGGCAUCAAGCAAGGCCAAAUCAACCGCAGUCUGCUGCGUGCGCCCAUCCUCGAUGCCGAAGUGCUGAAACGAAAACGCAUGGCUGAAAAGCAACAGAGCAUCGCUCAAGAAAAAGCCGGCGUUGAGCCACCUGCUGAUCGAAUGGACCGAGCUCUCCCCGAUUCGCUUCAAGAGGCCAUGCUCGACGACCUUGAAGGCGUCGCCAAUACAUCGGCCGUGACUCGCUCUCCCUCACUGAAGCCUGCGAGCAUCCACAGCGUCGUACAGGCUCCGGCUCCUGAACGGAGCCCCUCGAUACGAUCCCACAAGACAGCAGCCUCGAUCGAUGCAACUCAAGCCAAACGUUCUCGCGGCAAGUCGCUCUCCAUCUCGAUUGCGUCAACACAUGACAAGGAUACGGACAGCCGCAGCCUCAAGUCGUCGGCCGCAUCGGUCACCGAAAGCAUCAGCACCAGCCCAUCGUCUAACCAUCGCAGCGCUGUCGUUAAGUCGUCUCCACAACCUCCUGCUUCUCCUCAACUGCUCUACAGAUCCAAAUCGCCCGGUGUCGCGUCUCCCCGAGCCAGAUCCACCUCUUCCAGCAUCUCAGUUGGCGGCGGUCUCGGAGAUUGGGCGAGCGGAUUGCUUCCGUGGUCAGCGGGCGGCGCGUCGCGCAAAGGCGCUCCUAGCACUGCUCAGAGCAUGGUCAAGGCGACCAGUCCCGGUCGACGCGAGAUGGCUCAGACGGCUGCAGCCGCCGCGGCCGACGUCAACGGGAACCGCGCCGUUAGUGGAUCCAAGUCGAGCAAAGCGGCCUCGGCCUCGACCUUUGCUCGUGCGUUCGGCCGCUAUACACGCUCGUCGCCAGCACCCGAGACGCCGCCUACAGCACCACAGCCGAAUGUCACACGUUUGCCAGAUACGUACCAGUUCGAUCGCCGCAGCACCGAUCCAACGCAGUCGCUCUCUGCACCCGAGAGCAGUGCCAUUCUCGGAGCUCCGUCUCCGCGUCCUCCCAACGCUGCUGUUGAGCUCGAACCUAUUCUGCCCAACGAGGCCGCUCCUCCCACGCUAAUCCGUCGCAAAACGAAAGGCAGAAAGAGCAGAUCGGGCAAUACAGGUCUUGGUAUUUCAUCCAGCAGCAGCACCAAAGUCGAGGAUCAUGCCACCAGAGGUGAAGCGAUUGCAAGCAGCAAUGGCGUCGCGCCUUCAUCCGAAGUCAGCGAUACGCCAGUGUCGGCGAAGAAGAAACGCAACGCUCGUCUGAGUACGUUGGACGAGGAAGAAAGCUCUGGGGAUGAGUUUGAGGUGUACGGCGGCAAAGCACCCGUCCCUGGUUUCACGAACAUGACGGAACAGGCCUCCCCAGCGCCAGCGGGCUCAGCGGGAGCGCCUUCGGCUACGUUCAUGCCAGGCGACUCGUCGAUCGUCAUUCGGCCCGUCGAGGGUUCGGGCACCGACAGCGAAUCCGAAGAAGAGAUCGAUGUCCUCACUGACCGCUACGGAUUCAUCUACAAUCCGACCGAUGCCGAUAUCCGCCUGCUGCGACAAGCGAGGAAAGCUUCUGCGCCAGCACCAGCGACGCUGACCGGCAUCAAGGUGGGCAUUCGCGCGCGCGGUGGCACCGACAGCCAGAGCGAGGACGACAAGAAUGAUCCGGACCUCGACACAGCCGAUUCGUCCGAAGACGAGCUGGCUUUGUCGCGUGCAAGACCGAUUUCGCCGCAGCUGAAUCACAACGACCUUCAACUGCAGUCUACUUCCAGGUCGGUCUCGCCAACCCCUUCGGCUGGCGCGACGUCGGCGGUCGAGGGCUUUGCUUCCGAUGAUGGGACAACUGCGGGUGAUGCCAGCACCAAGGCGAAGCGAGCGAAGCGUCGCAGCAAGCUGUUGACUGUUCCGGACAGCAGGCCAGUGCAAGCCGAAGUGCUGCCAGUCAGUGCGGUCUCCAAACCGUCGUCAGCCGCCUCUCGCGGCAGUCCAAAGAAGGAUCGACGCGGCACACGAUCCAACGCAUCUUCCAGGUCUAGCAGUCCAGUCAAGGCCGGUGGCCUAGCGCAGGGUGGUCUCCCGUCCAUUUCGAACACGGUGCGCCGACUGCUUACACAGCUGAAAGAGAUGCAUGACUCGCAGCAAAUCGAGCAGAAGCAGCAGUGGGAUGCAUUCCUGGAACGAAGACGCGCGCGCCUCCAGGCUAGCGUCGAGGGCAACGGCGUGGGCAACGUCAACAGCACCAGCAAUGGUGAUAGUGGCGGUACCAAUGGGCCCUCUGCGGCGAAUGGCAACUCGACGAAGACCUCGGCGACAAGCACGGCCUCGAAAACGAAAGCACUUUUGGCAGGCACGCGUUUCGGAGGAGGUGCAUCCGCAGACGGAGCCAAAGCGCUCGGAUCGGCCGAGAAGGCGCCGGAAGAAGACUGGUCCUCGGGCAUGGUAGGCGUCAACCGUAUGGGUGACUCCAAAAGCGGCAAGGAGGACUGGCGUGAGUUCCUGUCGCUGUGCCAGUCUGGUAUCCCUCUUUGCUACCGUGCGCGUAUCUGGGCCGAAUGCAGCGGUGCGAACGACGUCGCGGAACCAGGACGCUAUCAAGAGCUUUUGUCGGAUCAUCAAGGCGAGACCAACGACUGCCUCACACAGAUCGACCUGGACGUCCACCGCACGAUGCCCACCAACGUCUAUUUUGGAGGGGAUGGUCAAGGGGUGCCCAAACUUCGUCGCUUGCUCGUUGCGUUUAGCUGGUACAAUCCGAGCACAGGGUACUGUCAAGGGAUGAACAACCUCGCGGCGACGCUGUUGCUGACACACGCGACCGAGGAGGAGGCGUUCUGGGUGCUCGUGUGUCUCAUCGAGAAGAUCCUUCCGAGCGAAUACUACACGUCGCAUCUGCUGGUUUCGCAGGCGGAUCAACGAGUGCUGAUCGAGCUAGUUUCGGAGCACAUGCCUGCGCUUCACGCGCACAUGGGCGAACUCGGGGUCGAUCUGCCGGCGAUCACGUUCGCGUGGUUCCUCUCGCUGUACACGGACUGUCUUCCGGUGGAAACACUCUUUCGAGUAUGGGACGUGAUGUUCGUCGAAGGAAUGGUGAUACUCUUCCGAGUAGCGAUGGCCAUCCUCAAGCUGUACGAGAAGGAGUUGCUGGCGACGACGAGUGCGAGCGCCUUUUACGGACUAGCGCAUUCGUUGACGAGCAGGUUGUUUGCCGUGGAUAGGUUGAUCAGUUUGGCGUGUAGCGACUUGAAGGCGGGGAUCAGGUAUGCGAAUAUUUUGGAGAAGAGGGAGAGACAUGUAGCGGAUCUGACGAGGGAGUUGGGGUUGAUGGGUGAUGCGGCGGAGGAUGGGUGA